AGUUGCCAAGUGACACUCGUUUGUAGUUAGGGGCGGCUGGUCAGCUUGGGCGCUUGGGUCAGGUUGUCACAGCCGCUGGAGCUUAGCCCUACUACUGAUAAAUAAUUUCGCUGUUAGUUUUUUUGCCAUCGUCGCUCGUCAACUCGAUUUUACCGGUCAUCGUGCCGUCCUUCACACAUCUGCCUCGAAAGCGCUCCGAUCUAUGGGAACGCUCUCCAAUGACUUCGUCGGAGUAUUGAUUCCUUUGAUGGUAUGUGAGGCGGGUGACGGGAGGGAGUGUUGUCCAAUGGCUGCUGCGGCCGGACUGGUGCGGGGCCCCUCAGGAGCGUCCUGAGGAGGGCUGGCAUGGAGGAGGAGGCCAGCUCGGACUCCCUGGCCACCAGCGAGGAGUACGAGCUGGUGUGCGCCGACCAGCCACGCCUCAGCAUUGCUGGCAACGGGAGCCAGGACCAGCUGCAGAGCCGGCUCACCGAGCUGCUUGCAGAGGGAGCCACGGGCCGGCAGGCAGCCCCCAGCGAGGGACCCCCGCCGCCGGCGGAGACUGGCCCAACUGGGGAAGUCGGCGACGCUGACCAGGCCAUGAAGGCUCCCGUCGAAGUCAGCAACUCCUCCGGGUCUGCUGGCAGUCCCACGGCAGCCCAGGCUUCCGAGGGAAGGGGAGACCUCGACCAAGGCAUGCCUGAGGAGCAGCACCCCCACGGGCGCGAGCAGGCAUUCGACCAAGUUGCCUACCUAGGCUGUGCGGCCAUCAAUGCCCCGCGCAGCGAGCUGGAGAUCCAGCGCAACAUGGCCAUCCUCAACGACCAAUCUGCCGAUCAGCACAUCCAGGUGGCCCUGGUGGUGCCCCCCGACUCAGAGGGGGUCGUGGCGGUGUACGAGAGCAGCACCCGGAGCGAGGUGGCGAGCUUCCCGAUCCAGCGCAUCCUGUUCUGCGCCCGGGGCGCCCUGGGCUCCCCCGAGCAGCAUUGCUUCGCUUUCACCUGCUCGCACGGGUCCAGCCCCGAGUCGGCCAUCUUCCAGUGCCACGUGUUCCGGUGUGGCCGGGGCGGGCCCCCCGCCGUGCAGCGGGUUCUGCACAGCUUCGCGGCGGCGUUCCGCCGGGUGCCCCGCACCCCAGCCCCCUCGGGCCCUGCACCCCCCCUCAGCUCUGUGGGCACGGGGGUCCCCAACAACGAACAGGUGCACACCUUCGAGGCCACCCUGGAUGUGCGGGAGGAGGACCAGCGGGGCAACUUUUCAGCAUGUGCCAGAGAUAAGGACUGCUUCAAAUUCCGUUGCAACCUUGAGAAGGUAGUCCAAGUCACGGUGCAGCAAACAGCGUCCACCAGGGAACUUGGCAUUGAACGAUGCUUUGGGAUGCUGAUCUGUCCGGGGCGUCACGUGAAGCACAGUGACAUGCAACUCAUUGGCAUGGUGUCCAUGGCCAAAUCAACAGUGGGCACCGAACCAACAGCUUACCAGAUCACGGGGCAGUGGAACCCACUAGACCCUGCCUUCGAACUGCUCAACACCGAAACCUCAAGAGACACGCGGGUCUACCUGACGGUGGCGGUAGACCUGGUGGUCUCGGGGGUCCAGGAGCCCGUGCGCUUCGUCAUCGAGACCAAGGCCAAGAUCUUCCCGCAGGCGGAGAAGUUCUGGUACUUCAGCAGGAAGCCCUUCCAAGAGGAUUUCUACCUCAGGCUCAGGGAGGUGGACCCCGACCAGGCGACAACGGAGCAUUCUUGGGAGGUGGUGAGCGUGAGCAGCGGGAGCCAGAUCCGACGCAAGGCAGCCCUCUCGCUCGCCCUCGACCAGCAGGCGCUCGCCCUCCACGACCCGUCCCCAAACUCCCCUUCUGCCGAGGACUCGGACGUGGACGAGCCCCUGCUGAGCGGCACGGGGGACGUGAGCAAGGACUGCUCUGAGGGGGAACUGGAGGGCUGGGCCCAAGUGCUGGCCAAGUGGCGCCAGGCGGGUCUGGGGCCCGACGCAGCCCCCCGGGCCCUGGGGCCCCUGGUGCGGGCCCACGGCAUCCCUGAGGCCCUGCGGGGGGAAGUGUGGCAGCUGCUGGCGGGGGCCGCACAGGACCCUGGGGCCGCCCAGGCCUACCGGCUGCUGCUGGCCAGAGACUGCCCCUGCGAGGGGGUCAUCCAGAGAGACGUCCACCGCACAUUCCCAGCGCACGACUUCUUCCGAGAGAGUGGCGGGGCUGGGCAGGACUCCCUCUACAAGAUAUGCAAGGCAUAUGCAGUUCAGGACCCGGAAGUCGGCUACUGCCAGGGCCUCUCCUUCCUGGCAGCUGCUCUGCUACUUCACAUGCCAGAAGAGGAGGCCUUUGGCGUCUUCUGCAAGGUGAUGCGGGACUAUGGACUGCGGGACCUCUUCCGGAACUCCUUCGAGUGCCUCCACCUCAAGCUCUUCCAACUGGAGAGGCUCAUGGAGGACCAACUGCCCGAGCUGCACGCCCACUUCCUGGACCUGGGGGUGGAGGCCCACAUGUUCGGCUCCCAGUGGUUCCUCACCCUGUUCACAGCCAAGUUCCCGCUCCACGUCGUCUUCUUCAUCCUCGACCUGUUCCUCCUCGACGGCAUGGACACGCUGUUCCAAGUGGCAGUGGCGCUCCUCACGCUCUCCUGCCGUGACUUGUUGGCCCUGGACUUUGAAGGAGUGCUCAAACACUUCCGGGUGGCUGUGCCCAAGAAGUAUCGGUCGGAGGAAGCGGCCAAGACACUGCUGCACACCGCAGUGGCCAUCAAGGUGAAGAAGCUGAAGCGCUAUGAAAGGGAGUACCAGGUGCACAAGGAGCAGGAGCGACAGAUGGAGGAUCCCGUCCAGGUGCUUCAGAAAGAGAAGCAGCGCCUGAUGGAGAGCAACUUGCGGCUGGAGCGCGAGAACGACGAACUGGCGCACGAGCUGGUGGCCAGCAAGAUCCAGCUGCGCAGAGACCUUGACUCGGCAGAAGAUCGGGCGGAUGCCUUGGGCAAGGAACUGCAGACAACUGCUUCCUCUUUGGCGGAGCUGGAAGAGGAGAAGAAGCGCCUCGACACCGAGGUGGUGCAGGUGAAGGAGAUGUGUCGUAGAGAGCUUCAGAGUGCAGAAGCAGAAGCACAGCGCAAGACAACCAUCCUUGCAGAGUACAAACAGAUCUGCAGCCAGCUGAGCCAGCAGCUGGAGCGUGAGCAGCGUCGGAACAAAGAGUCCCUGGGGGCCCUGAGGGCGCAGGCAUGCGAGUGCUGCGCGGCCCUUGUCCAGAGGGUUGGGGAAGGGGGCCCCCUCGCCCCCGGCGGGGACAGUGGGGGGCCCCGCCCGGGGCCCCCAGAUCACGACGGCGACGACCCGGGGGCGCAGCUGCGCCAGCUGGAGCUCGAGUUGGCGCAGACCAAGCUGGCAUUGGUCGAGGCCCAGUGCAGGAACCAGGACUUGACGCACCAGUUGAGCUGCGCCUCGGCGGAGCUGCACGCCUCCAAGAACACCUGGCUGCACAAAACGCUGUCGUCCAUCCGAGAGGUGGCCCGCAAGGAGCCUGCAUCCCCGGGUGCCAACCCCAAGGAGGCCAUGGGGCCGUCCGCCUGAACAAAGCGCCGCCGACCACAAGCCGAGCAAUACACUCCAACACCGUGACCUUCCAAAGCCAAUGUUUGCCUUGCGUAAACAGCUGAGCCUUUGGACUUAAGAGGUGCCGUGCUCGUGCCCGGACCCUGCAAGCGUCCUCCUCACAUUCCGUUUCUUUUUUCUUUUUUUGCAUUCCACCGGCGAGACAGUUGGUGCCUCGUUUUUAUACGAUCACAAAGGAACAUUGUGGUUCCCUCGCUCCGUACCUAAAUGGCGUCUUAAACUUUUUCUCUCUUUCGCGGUCAAGCUUGUGCCACGCCGCGCCUCCUCCGGCGACUCAAACAACAGAUAUUUUGCCCAAACAAAGAUUUUCGUCAUGCUCUCUCCUUGUUUGUCGCUGAGCCUUGCUUACUGGCAGUAGGUAGGAGAUUGCACCGAGUGAUAUAUUUAUACACUUAAAAGGGAUAAGAAAGAGCUGUUUCGAUGGCAUAACAGCAAAAUAGGCUUCUUAAAAAAAUGCAAUUGGAUGAACCUUUCUUUUUUUUUUUUAAGUAGUAACGUACUUGUAAAGUAGGUAGUUAAGGGAAUUGCUCCAAACAUUUUGUAUGACACUUAGUGCAGUAUUUCUAAAUAGUUUUGGUGUUUGGUUUCCAUCAGCUUUGCAGGUAGUCUUGACGAUGUGAAUGGCAUGUGCACUGGUGUCUCGAGUAUCGUAUAAGCUUUUCUGCAGGUUAAGAAUAGCAGGCAGUAGUGAUUUGAGUGUAAUGGCUGGCCAAAAUUGACACCUCAAUGUACGAAAUGGUCUAGUGCUGUUUACCUUUUUUUACGAUGUGACCAUCAUACUCUUAAAUCUAUGUUCUUCACGUGCAAGAGCAUGUGGGGUUUGCCAGAGUUAUAUAAUGCUUGUGUGAUAAACUGAAUGAAUGAAUAGCAUGCUUAUUUUUUUUCUGCUUCAGGCGGUAAUGUGGUGUGCCGCCUGCACUGUAUCAUAUGUACGUAUAAAGAAAAACUAUGAAAAUAAACAACCAACUCACUUUUUU